AUGGAUGCUAUGCGAAGGCCCGGAGUGAUGUCCGGCCAGAGCAGCAGCGUAAUCGUGUCGCAGAUCAAGAGCGAGGAGCCCAGCGAUGUGAGCAGCGGGGGGUCCCUGUGCCCCCCAUCCCCCCACCACUCUAUGUACUCCCCCUCCUCCAGGCACACCGACUUCCGGAUGGUGGCCUCCUCAUCCUCGCCCCGAGAGAUGGCGCUCGAGCUGUACGCGAGCGAGCUGGGCGACUCGAGCCCGGGCAGCCCGGUGCUGGCCCAGGACGCCUUCUGCUCGAGCACGGUGGGGGGCGGGGAGCUGGCCGGGGGCGUGGGAGGGGAGGGUGCCCCCGACGGAAAGAACUCCCCCAAGCGGCUGUGCCUGGUGUGCGGGGACGUGGCCUCGGGGUACCACUACGGGGUGGCCAGCUGCGAGGCUUGCAAGGCAUUCUUCAAGAGGACCAUCCAGGGUAACAUCGAAUACACGUGUCCUGCGUCUAAUGACUGCGAGAUCAACAAGCGCCGCAGGAAAGCGUGCCAGGCUUGCCGCUUCCAGAAAUGCCUAAAGAUGGGAAUGCUCAAGGAAGGUGUGAGGCUAGAUAGGGUGAGGGGUGGCAGACAGAAGUACAGACGCUGCCAGGAGAGCCCCUACCAGAUACCCAUCUGCAAGAAACCCUCCCUAGAAGACAACAAGAUGAUCUCCGCCCUGGUGGGGUGCGAGCCGGAGCCCCUCCAGCUGCAGGCCGCGGGAGGGGAGGAGGGGGGCUCCCUGAGGGUGGUGGCCGCCCUCUCCGACCUGGUGGACAGGGAGCUGGUGGCCACCAUCGGGUGGGCCAAGCAGAUACCAGGCUUCACAGAGCUGACCUUGAAUGACCAGAUGAAACUGCUGCAGACGACUUGGGCAGAGAUUCUCUCCCUCUCCCUGGCCUACAGGACGUACCAGGGGGGCCUGUCUCCCCCCCGCCUGAUGUUCACGCAGGAGUUCUGGAUGGACGAGCGGCAGGCGGAGGAGUGCCAGGCGGUGGAGCUGUUCAGGCGCUGCCUGCGCCUGGUGCGACGCCUCGAGGCCAUCUCCAUGCGCCGGGAGGAGUACCUGGCGCUCAAGGCGCUCCUGCUCACCAACGCAGACAUCCAGCUGGAGAACGCGUCGUCCGUGCAGCGGCUGCGGGAGUCGGUGCUGGCCGGCCUGGGCGAGUGCGUGCAGCUGUUCCGGGGCGGGGCCCCGUGCCCCCUGGGCCCCCUGCUGCUGUGCCUGCCCCUGGUGCGGCAGCUGGACGGGGAGGUGCGGCGCUUCUGGAGCGGGGUGCGCAAGGAGGGCAAGGUGGCCAUGAACAAGCUCUUCGUGGAGAUGCUCGAGUCCAGCAGCCCCGUCUGGUGAUGGCCCCGCCCCCCAGACCGCCAUUCCUGUGAUAACGUUCAAGCAAUCAGCCGGGACCGCCGUUUCCCGAGACGGACGGUCCGCCAUUUCGCGAGGCGGCGGCGUCCG